GCUUUGUGCGGUCACAGGCGUCACCAGGCGACGGCGGCCCGCCCCGGGGCAGCUCGGGGACCGCUCGGGGACUGCGGCAAGCCCCUGGCUCCCCCCGGAAGGAUGCAGAGUGCGCUCGUGGGCUCCUGGCACAACAAUGGCUUCUAUGGGCACUACCGAGGCCAGUUCAAGAAUGAGAUCGCCCUCCAAUACCGCCUGGCGGCCAAGCCCCAGCCCCCCAUGGUGUUCCUGCAGCGAUGCAAGGAGCCGGUGCAGCAGCACUUCUUCUCCAAGCACGACAACCGCACGUCCUUCGACAAAGGUCCCUACUGCUUACUGCAGGGCAUCGGGAGGCGGAAAGACUUGGCCCGCCUGUGUCAGAAGCACACCUUCCUGCAGUGGGCCUCCAGCGAGCUGGAGCUGUGCCAGCAGCGGCCCCUGGAAUCCUCCUACCAGUCCACCUUCCGCUUAAGCCCAGAACCCAGUGACCCCCCUCAGCGCCUCGUCCACUUUGUGCAGAUCCAGUCUCCCCGCACCCGUACCACCUACCAGCAGAACUUCUGCCAGCCGUCCCAGAGUGGCCUCUGUGGCAGCGACAGCGGGGACCCCCAGGUCCCCAGCCCCAGCCCGCCGACUAACCUCCCAAAGAUCCCCACGCCCAAACCGCUGCAGCAUUACCUCCACGCCGGGGUCUCCGAGUGUCUCAAUUGGUCCAGAGCAUUAAACAAUGGCUGAGGCCCUGGCCGGCUGGCUCAGUGAGUAAAGCGUCAGCCUGUGGACCGAAGGGUCGUGGGUUUGAUUCCAGCCAAUGGCACGUACCUCAAGGGCAUGCACCUCAGUUGCAGGCUUGAUCCCUGGUCCCAGUUGGGGUGCAUGUGGGAGGCAGCCAAUUGAUGUGUGUCUUUCACAUUGAUGUUUCUCUCUGUGUCUCUUUCUCUUCCAUUCUCUCUAAAAAUCAAUGGAGAAAUACCCUCCGGUGAGAAUGAACACAAAAGAAUGGCUGAC